AAGAUAAGAAAGUGAACAAUUUGCAUAGCUCUUUUCAAUUUGAUAAAUUAAACAAAAAUCUCACGAAUCAUGUCAUCGAAAAUUGUAUCGAAAUAUCUAUCGCUUUGUUUGCUGUUGACCGUUUUUGAUUAUUGUUUGUGCAGUAAUAGUAACACAAUAAGUUCCGAAACGCCUGGAUUCUUUUUGAAAGUAACCAAAAAUGUACCACGAUUGGGACGACGAUCACAUCAGCUCAGCGAUUUUGAAAAUUUCUUUUUGAAGACAUCAAAGAGUGUGCCACGCAUUGGACGAUCGGAUAAUAAUAUGGAAGGUAUGGAUAAGCGUGAUGUUAAACACUACAACAGUGUUCAACCAUUCGAUUCAAAGUCGUUGCAUCAUUUAUUGGCUACCGAAGAUGUGAACGAGAAUGACAUAAAAUUCAUUUCAUGGGACAGUUUCGAUCUUGCACUAGAGAAUGAUGAAGGUUUGUUCUCAAAACUCCUAUCUUUGGCCAACGAUGAACUAAGUAUGCCGAUGUUGGCUCAAAAAUUGGUCCAAGAUACCUUCGUUCCGCUGCCAAAAUCACAAAAUCCAGUCGACAGUUAUUUUUAUCGAAUAACUCGUGAUGCAACACAACACGAAUGAAAUUUCCGCCCGAUGAAUUCAAAACGAUAAUCUUUGAUGCGUCAAGCGAAAUUUUCAAACUGAACAAAAUUUAUAUGUUUCGCAUUAUUGCUAAGAUUUAAUAAACUAUAACGGCUUUGAAAACUGA